CAGGCGUGUUGUAAACUUGUACAGUUGAUUAGAAUAAUCGAAGGCACAAUGAUGCCACGCAUAUUAAACGGAUUAACCAUCACGAAUUGCCAAAAAGUGCCUAAGAGAGAAUUCUUCUAUUGGUUAACCAUAAUAUUUAACAGGGUUGACUAUGAAAGAAUUCAGUCGGUUGGCCCAGAUCGUGCAUGUGCUGAAUGGCUCAUGAAGAAUGGUGCCAGUGUCAAAUGGAAAGGUUCUUCAGAGCACUUAAAAGAUUAUAAUAAAUUACAAUCAGAAGGAAAUCAAUGUUACAUUCAAGCAAUAGAUGCUACAGACUCUGGAAUAACACAUGUAGGAUUUCCAUAUUUGGUUGGUUGUAGGUAUAUCAAUGAGAUAAAACUUAUACGUUGUCGUUAUUUAUAUAACACUGCCUUACCGCUAUUGUCAGCAGUGAAGGAUACCUUAACUAUCCUUGAAAUUAAUGAUUGUAAGAGUAUAACCGAUCCAGGAGUACACAGUUUGAAAAAUCUCAAAAAUCUGAAGACUCUGAAGAUUGCUAGUAUACCAUAUCUGGAAGAUAAAGCUUCACUUAGGAGAGAGCUCAAAGAAGCUUUGCCAAAUUGUACAAUAGAAUUGGAAUAAAUUGUA